CUACAGCGCUGUGACCAGCGCGUGCGAGAAAGGCGCGCAGUGGCAGCAGGCUCUGUCGCUGCUCGGCGACAUGUGGGAGACGAAGACAGAGGCCGACACCACUUGCAACUCGUCAUCUACAGCGCUGCGAUCAGCGCAUGCGAGAAGGGCGGGCAGUGGCAGCAGGCUCUGUCGCUGAUCGUUGGUAUGUGGGAGCUGAAGUUGGAGCCCGAUACCAUCUUCAGCUGCAACGCUGAGAUCCGCGCGUAUGAUAAAUGCGGCCAGUGGCAGCAGGCGUUGUCGCUGCUCGGGGAGAUGCGGGAGAGCAGCCUGGAGCCAAAUGAAAACCAGUACAGUUUGGUCAUCACAGUGUACGAGAGGUUGUCUCGCCACUCGGCGGGAUUCCCAGGUGAUCCUCAGAUCGGUCUUUCGCGUUUUCGACUACCUUGCGAAGCACUCUGCGUGUGGGACCCUGCUGGGCCACCACCGUGA